AUGGCGGCUCAGCGCAUCCGAGCUGCAAAUUCCAGUGGCCUCCCUCGGUGCAAGUCCGAGGGGACCUUGAUUGACCUGAGUGAAGGGUUUUCAGAGACAAGCUUUAACGAUGUCAAAGUGCCUUCCCCCAGUGCCUUGCUCGUGGACAAUCCCACACCUUUCGGAAACGCGAAGGAAGUGAUCGCAAUCAAGGACUAUUGCCCGACUAACUUCACCACCCUGAAGUUCUCCAAGGGCGACCAUCUCUACGUCCUGGACACAUCAGGCGGUGAGUGGUGGUACGCCCACAAUACCACAGAGAUGGGCUACAUCCCUGCCUCCUACGUGCAGCCCUUAAACUACCGAAACUCAACCCUGAGCGACAGUGGGAUGAUCGACAAUCUUCCAGACAGCCCAGACGAAGUCGCCAAGGAGUUGGAUUUGCUUGGAGGAUGGACAGAUGACAAGAAAGGGCCGAGCAAAGGUUACAGUAAUAAUCCUUUCUGGAACGGGGUCCAAACAAAUCCAUUUCUGAAUGGAAACGUGCCAGUGACACCCAGCUUAGAUGAACUGAACCCCAAAAGUACUGUGGAUUUGCUACUUUUUGAUACAGGCCCGCCCUCUUACACCGAAUCCAGCUCCGCCACCACUAACAGCAUCGGCAACAUCUUUGACGAGCUUUCGUCCACACACAGACACAACGCAGAACAGCCAGUCAAGCGCGACAACCCCUUCUUUAGAAGCAAACGUUCCUACAGUCUGUCGGAGCUCUCCGUCCUCCAAGCCAAGUCCGACGCCCCUGCGUCCUUGAGUUUCUUCACCGGGUUGAAGUCCCCUGCUCCAGAACAGUUUCAGAGCAGGGAGGAUUUUCGGACUGCCUGGCUGAACCACCGGAAGCUGGCCCGGUCUUGCCACGACUUGGACUUGCUUGGCCAGAGCCCGGGGUGGGGCCAGACCCAAGCGGUGGAAACAAACAUCGUGUGCAAGCUGGAUAGUUCUGGGGGAGCCGUGCAGCUCCCCGACACCAGCAUCACCAUCCACGUGCCCGAAGGUCACAUGGCUCCUGGGGACACUCAGCAGAUCUCCAUGAAGGCUCUGCUGGACCCUCCGUUGGAACUCAACAGUGACAAGUCCAGCAGCAUCAGCCCAGUGUUGGAGGUGAAGCUGAGCAACCUGGAAGUGAGAACCUUCCUCAUCUUGGAGAUGAAAGUUUCCGCUGAGGUGAAAAACGACAUUUUUAGCAAAAGCUCGGUGAACCUCCAGUGCCUGAGGAGCGACUCCAAGGAGGGUCCCUAUGUCUCCAUCCCACUCACCUACAACUAUGGGGACACAGUCCAGGUCCACCUGGAGAACCUGGAGCCCUGUAUGUAUCUGGCUAUCAUUGCCCACAGCCCGAACAUUCUGUACCCAUCCACUGUGUGGGACUUCAUCCAUAAAAAAAUCACAGUAGGUCUUUAUGGUCCCAAACACAUCCAUCCAUCUUUCAAAACAGUGGUGACCCUUUUUGGACAUGACUGUGCCCCAAAGACUCUCCUGGUCAGUGAGGUCACCCACCAGACCCCUAGCCCUGCCCCAGUGGCAUUGCAGCUAUGGGGUAAGCACCAGUUCAUCUUGUCCCAUCCCCAGGAUCUCAAAAUUUGUAUGUUUUCCAACAUGACUAAUUACGAGGUCAAGGCCGGUGAGCAGGCUAAGGUGGUGAGAGGGUUCCAGAUGAAGCUCGGCAAGGUGAGCCGCCUCAUAUUCCCCAUCACCUCCCACAGCCCCAACGAGCUCUCAGACUUCACCUUGAGGGUCCAGGUGAAGGACGACCAGGACACCAUCUUGACCCAGUUCUGCGUCCAGACUCCCCAGCCCCCACCCAAAAGUGCCAUCAAGUCAUCAGGGCAAAGGCGGUUCCUCAAGAAGAACGAAGUUGGGAAAAUAAUCUUGUCCCCUUUUGCCGCCACCGCCAAGUACCCAACUUUUCAGGACCGCCCAGUGUCCAGCCUCAAGUUCGGCAAGCUGCUCAAGACGGUGGUAAGGCAGAGUAAGAACCAUUACCUGCUGGAAUACAAGAAAGGGGAUGUGAUCGCUCUGCUCAGUGAGGAGAAGAUCCGGCUCAAGGGGCAGCUGUGGACCAAGGAGUGGUACAUUGGCUACUACCAGGGCAAGGUCGGGCUCGUGCACACCAAGAACGUGCUUGUGGUCGGCAAGGUCAAGCCCAGCUUCUUCUCGGGACCGGAACUGAGCACCUCAGUGCUGCUGGAGCAGAUUCUGAGGCCAUGCAAGUUCCUAACCUACAUCUACGCCUCUGUGAGGACCCUGCUCAUGGAGAAUAUCAGCAGCUGGCGGGCCUUCGCAGAUGCCUUGGGCUACGUGAACCUGCCGCUCACCUUUUUCUGCCGCGCAGAGUUGGAUAGUGAGUCUGAGCGGGUGGCUUCUGUCCUGGAGAAGUUGAAGGAGGACUGUAACAACAUGGAGAGCAAAGACAGGAAGUCCUUUCAGAAGGAACUGAUAAUGGCCUUACUGAAGAUGGACUGCCAGGGGCUGGUGGUCAGACUCAUCCAGGACUUCGUGCUCCUGACCACGGCCGUCGAGGUGGCCCAACGCUGGCGGGAGCUGGCUGAAAAGCUCGCCAGGGUCUCUAAGCAGCAGAUGGAUGCGUACGAGUCCCCGCACCGGGACAAGAAUGGGGUGGUGGACAGUGAGGCCAUGUGGAAGCCCGCGUACGACUUCUUACUCACCUGGAGCCACCAGAUCGGGGACAGCUACCGUGAUGUCAUCCAGGAGCUGCACAUCGGCCUGGACAAGAUGAAAAACCCCAUCACCAAGCGCUGGAAACACCUCACGGGGACCCUGAUCCUGGUGAACUCUUUGGAUAUUCUGAGAGCGGCCGCUUUCAGCCCUGCUGACCAUGACGACUUUGUGAUUUGA